CUUUUAUUCUAUGGUUUUUAUGUGUGAGCUCAACAGGAGAAAAGUCAUGUGAUGUUUUCACGUGAUCUUUUCACUCCGAAAAAAGCUUCUCGAUUGAAACUAGCAAGUAGGCCGAGGGAUAAUCUAUAGAAAGACCAUGGCAGACAACAAUGCGAAAAACAUAGAUCUGGACUCUCUCCCUUAUGUCGAUCGCGAGCUUGAAAUUGCUGGAAUGAAGGACAAAGUCAAUUUGUUGAUUGAGCAGGAAAUGCGCAAGAUCUCUAAAAAGGAUCGGGUUCAUUUCCCUAAAGAUAUCAAAUUGUUUGCUGAUGACGAAAUAUUGUCCUCAGAAUGGGCAAGAACCAACAAACAGCUGUCGAUGCCGACUCUUGACCUUUCUCGAUACGAUGUUGCACCACCUGCGGCAAAGGAUAAAAAGAGCGUGGAUGCAUGGGAAUCCGCGAUAGACAACUCAAAGGCACAGUUGGAGGCACAAACAUUAAGAUUAUUCAACUUAGAGUUAUUACAAAAGUACGGAGCAAAUGCCUGGAAAGUUCAUAAUUUCCAGCUGGAAGCAUAUCUUAAGCAAUUGAAGAGCGAUGUGGAGGACAAAAAGAAGCAAAUACUGGACCUAAACAAGCAGCGCAAAUUUGAGCAGACGGAAGGAGGCAGCUCUUUGCGCGAUCUUGAAUCAAAAUGGUCUGAUCUAAUAAGUCAAACGCUCCAAGUCGAGGUUGCUUGUGCUUCUCUCGAAAACGAAUUGGAGGAACUGAAGAGAUAUGAAAACAGGAUAUCCAGUAAUCAGUGACACUAUAUCUUUCUGUGUAAAUAAAUAUUAGUGAGUUGACCAGGUGAACCUCUGUCUUUACUCCGCGCUUAUAUGGAUUUGAUUUACGUAUAAAAAUGAAUUUGGUCAUAGUCUUACGACAAAGAUGUUCGUCACCGCCCUUUAUGUUUUUAUAUG